AUGCUUAUUGGUGAUAGGGAUAUUUAUCAUUGGAAAGUAAUACAAGGUUCAGAGCGAACACCAUUUGAAAAUGGUUUCUUUGAUCUUGAUAUAUGCUUCAAACAAGUCUAUCCAUUUAAACCACCAAAAAACUAUUAUAUAAUGAGUGGUCACCUGGAAGCACGAACAAUGGCGAAGAUUUUGUCAGAAAUACUAUCAUUAAUGUCUAAUCCAAAUAAUGAUGAAUAUUUCAGAGCAGAUGAUAUUGAACUUUAUCAUAAAAUCGUCAAAUGUUUAAUAUGA